GGUAUCUUCAGAUACCUUGUUAUAUUCAUCGAACGGCAUUGGAGUGGCCUCGUUUUUUGCAGAUAGUAGGAUCACGUUUAUGUGAAUUCUGCUUAGCGGUUCAAAUUAUCCAUUUUCCUAUAAUAAAAUUUACUUACUUCUUCGUUAGGAAUCCUAUUUCUGUGACAUAAAAUACAUAGUCAUGGGCGUGGAUGUGGAAGUUCUUUCUCCCGGAGACGGUCAGACAUAUCCGAAAUCGGGACAGACCGUAGUUGUUCAUUAUACAGGUACCCUCAACAAUGGAAAAAAAUUUGACUCUAGUAGGGACCGUGGGGUACCAUUUAAAUUUAAAAUAGGUAAAGGAGAAGUUAUUAAAGGCUGGGACCAAGGAGUUGCUCAAAUGUGUGUUGGAGAACGUGCUAGGUUAACUUGUUCACCAGAUUUUGCCUAUGGUAGCCGAGGACAUCCUGGAGUUAUUCCUCCAAAUGCUGUUCUCAUCUUUGAUGUGGAAUUAUUGAAGGUGGAGCCUUGAAAAGAUUUUCAGGGUGUAUCAAAUUGACUGCACACAUCAGAACCACAGAUAAUUAAACGCUUCAAAUUACAUUAUGUUAAGUAGUCAUUGCAUGAAUGGUAUGUCUUACAUACUAAUCUUAAUUUGAUUGCUCAUAAAGACAAAAAGUAAAAAAGAAAAUUUUUUAAAUUCUGUGUUUCACAAUUGCACAUUUAUAUAAACUACGAAUUAUUAUUGUACAGAAAUCAUCAAUGACCAAUUAAUGUGAGAUAUUAGAACAGUUUAAUCAUUCUUUUACAUUUGUAAUAAGAUUAAAAUUUACAUUACUCGAUUUGAGGCUGUUUGCAUUCCUAUUAUGAGUAAUUGAAUUAAAUAAAUCUUGAAGCAUUCAACAUAUAAUCCAACAUCUGUGUUCAUUCCAAUUACUUAGUACUUGGUAAACUAUCACCUG